AUGUAUGCUUCGAAACGACGUCAGCGAAAUUUUAAAAGGUAUUUAAUUUUGAAGAAAACGUGUUAAAUUAGUUGUUGAAAUUAGAGAUGGAAAAACGGGCGUUAGGGCCGCCCUAUCGCCUCAUUUCUGAACGCCCUACUUGCCCGGACGCCCGAUCGCCGCAAGCAUUCCGGGCUCCUCGCCCGAUCACCCGACCGCCCGAUCGCCCUCAAAAAAUCAGGACUGAUUUUUGUUCUGAAAAAAUAUGCGUCGACACAUAUUCACGUGAAAAAACGAGCCAUUUCAAUUUUUAGGCGGCUAGCGGGCGAUCGGGCGUUCGGUCGAUGAGGCGAACGGGCGAAUGGGCAAGCAGGUAAAAAAGGCGAUGCCAAAAAAAUUAGGUCACGUUUUCACGUUAGCGGGGCCCACUUUUCCAUCCCUAGUUGAAAUUCAGAUUGAAAUUAUUGAUUUUUCUUUGAAGAUGCCACAUGGAUUCGUGUGACGAUUUGUUUGGGUAGAAAAUUUGAAAAUCUUGAAAUGCGUAAAGUUUUCUAAAAUUUACGGGACUUCAACGUGGCAUUUUGCUCUCAAAAUUAGACAAUUUUCGCGGUUGUUUUCUUACUUUACAUUUCGUAUCUUUUAGAUUCAGAAAGAAAAAAACCCGGAUUUUUAAUUUAAAAAAAUGUCAGAAACAAGACCUAGAAAAUCAAAUACAAGAUCUUUAUGCCCUAGAAAUCUGAAAUCACCCCGAAUGAAAAAAUUUCACCGAGAAACCCAGAAAAUGUUUUUCCUGCCCGAAAAACCGAAAAAGUAUGACCGAGAAAACUUUUGAAAAAAAAAUUCUGGAGUGUUAGAAAAACAGAAAGUCAAUUUUGAUGAUCAUAUAAACAUGAGCUAGAAACCCAAUAACUCACCUCUAAGCCCAAAUUGUUGUACUGAAUAUUCGCCAACAUCGAAUUCUCGAAAAACCACACGAAAACUGAUGAUGGUUUUUCUCAUCUCUUUGGGGCGUGCCUUCACAUUUUCCCCCUCAAAAAAUGUGCGUGAGACACGGAACUGUGCGUGUGCGUGAGGUGUUUCUCUACCCAGCUCUCCACAAUUUCACACACUAUUUCCACCGUCUCGCAUGUCUGUCUCUCUCAUUUUUCCGCACUAUUUUCCUCGAUCUACACAUAGUCAGUCAGUUUCGUGACAGACAACAAAAUGGCCGAACGACACGCGAAUCUGCGGGCUCAGUCAGUCGAAAAAAAUUUGAUGAUGAUGUUUUUUGUGACUAAUUUUGAAUUUUUGUUAGAAUUCGCCACGUGGAUUGUUUGGAACAAAAAUUUAGAAAAAGGUUUUCUGGCGUGAAAUUUAUGAAAAUUUAGAAUUUAAUUUUACGCGGCAAACUUGAUUAGCAAUCCAGGAACUGUAGAUAAAUAGAUCAGAGAUCCACAGUAUCUGGAAUCCGAAUACUGUAGUUCAGUACCUGGAUGUCAAUUUCGGAAUCUAGAGUAUUUGUCGAUAGUCUACAGAAAUGAGGAAAUAGAUUUUCUCUAAUAAUUUUUCCGAAUCAAUACAUUUUGAAAUGAUUAUUUUUUUUUCGUUCACGUAAACGUGAUGACAAUUGAUUAAAUUUUCCAUUUUAUUUUUUUAGGUCAUGUCUACAAAAUUUAAUUUUUAUAUUUAAAUAUAUGCCUAAAUACUGUAGAAAAUCUAGAGUUCCAAUUAAAAACAAUUUAAAAUUCCUCUCCUCAAAAACCAUAUGGUUCAAGAUUUCUCGUUCCUCAAAUUUUAUUUUAUUCACGAGACAAAAAUUAAUUGCUCACCCCAUCUCUUCUCAAGAAUUUUUAAACACACCAUAUUUUAAACGUUGUCCAAAAACAAAUGUAACAGGUGCACUUUGUUUUUCUCCUAUUUUUCUCAUCAUCAAGAAAAUCAUAAAAUAUCUAAUUCCAGGGUUUUUUUUGUGUUCCGAAAAUGAGUGUAAAACCCAUAAACCUACACUUUUUCUGGAGCUCAUUUUCGUGCCAUAAUUAGGUGUUCGAGCACUUUUUCAAUGGAAAAUGUGCAUUUCUUUUGACACCUGAAGCAUAUAAGGAAAAUUAUGAAGGGGAGAUUUUUGGAAGGGGUAAAGUUUGAAGAAUGUUCCUUUAAAAUUAAAAGUUACUAAAAUUCUUACAGUAAACUUUCAUGAAAUAAAAUAUCACUUUUUUCUCAGACACUGUAUUCUUUUAAAUUUUCUGGGUUACUGUAGAUCACUUGAACAUUUUGGAUUAUUAUGAAGUACUGUAGUUUUUCACUCACAAAGAAUUACUGAAAUUAUUUUGAAAACGUUUAAAUACAAUUAAAUCCACGUGAAACAAAAAAAACCACAGAAAAUAUUCCAAAAUAAUUUUAUUUCUCAUUUUUCUAGAGUUCGCGAUCCACCAAAAUCUCUCACCACAACAAAUCCAUCAAAAAGACAUCGGGAAAGGUAAUUUUCGUUCUAAAUUUCCAGGUUUUCAACUCAAAAUUAAUUUCAGGUUAAAUGGCGAGCUGGAAACGGUGGCAAUGCUUUUGCCUUAUGAUGGUUCCACCAUAAGUCGACUAGAUAAAUUGUCAGUUUUGCGGUUGGCUGUCAGUUUUUUGCAAUGCAAGGCACAUUUUCAAGGUAGAGUGUUUUUGGGGAAAAUUUUGUGUUUUAGAGUUUGGCUAGCACACAUUACGAACGAAACGAAUUUUGCUCGACAAAAGGUUUGAGAACUGAAAUUUCACAUCAAAAGAUUUUGAUGAACCUAGAAUAAUUUUUAUAGCACAACAUUUUAUAUUGCUCAUGUUAGAAAAAUCACUGACGCAUCUUCUAUUUAUCAAAGCUACAGUAUUUCAGCAUUGCUUAUAUUAACAUACACCUCAAUUUUCGCGCACCCCAAAUAUUUUCCCACCCUCUUCACCCAUCAAACAUAAGGUGGCAAUUAAUUUUUCACUCAUAGACCCUCAAUCAUCUUUUUCCCUUUUUUUUCAUGGAUAAAUUUUUUUCGGGAGAAGGAUACUGUAGUUCAAAAAUUUAGCGGGUCAUCAAGAGAAUCAUCUCAUAUUCUUUAUAUUCUUGAUGAUUUGAAAUUCUUGUCUUCUCUCUUCGUUUUCGAAAUAUGUAUCAAAAUAAGAAAGCUGCUAACAGAUGUAAGGAAAAUGAUGGAGAGAGUGUAGGGAUUUGAGAGAUUACUAGAGAAAAAUAGGGAGAAGGAUGAAGAGUACGGUAGGAUGAGAAGAAAAAAGAUAAAUUAUAUUGGUUUUUCGGGAUGAAAAAAAGGAAGACUUGAUGAAGAGGGACUUUUUAGAGAGGGAUUUUUGGACUAAAAUAUGAAAAGAAAAAAAAAUUGUACAAUACUUGGGAAAUGUUUCUUUUUUUCAGAAAAUACGGUAUUUCUAUAGAUUUCGUAUAAGAAAUGCUUCAUGAAUUUUUUUUAAUAAAAAAAAACAACCUUUGUGACAAAAUUAAUACAAUUUCAAGUUUUGAAUUUCAAAUAUUGACAGAAAAACCUUAUGUGUGGAACUUCAACGUGACAAAUUUGAAUAUCACUUUUCAAAUCUUCACAGAAAUGCAAAAAAAGAAAAAAAUAGCAAAAAAAAAAUGAGAAAAACAGUUAAAUAGAUGAUUAUAAAAAAUAAAAUGAACAAAAAUAGAGAAUAGAUGAGAGAGUGUGGAAAAGGGAGAGAUAGUUAUUAGCCUUUUACCAAUCGGUGCACCUCGCUCUAUCGCACUCGCCAUGGAAGAGAAAAGUUUUUUUUCGCGUCCUAGGAUCCGACACACUCGGCCAUCUUUUUGUUUUUGUUUUUCUUUUUUUUCAAAACGGUUUUCGUUUGCAUUUGAACUCGUGCGCUUUUUUUGGCGCGUCGCGUGCGAUGCGGAGCGUGUUUGUUCGAUGGAGCGAGGUGCACCGACGUAUGAAAGGCUAAUAGUGAGAGGAAGGAAACGAAUAUUCAAACUGUUGUUUUUUUUUGUGGAAGGAGUUUAUUGAUCGGUUCAAAAGAUUAACGAUGAUUAAUUUGUACUUGAGUUUUUUUUCAUAUCUAAAAAGCUAAAAUUUUUAAGAACAUUCUGUGACACUUCUUUUUUAUCUGUCUAAAUCUUUUUUAAAAUUUAAUUUUCCGAUUGGAAAUGGCCAAAAUGAGCAAUGCUAUUGUUUCUUUCAAAUCUCUUAGAAUUCAAACAAUUUUUUUUCAGCAUGUAUGCAAAACUUCCACCAUCCGUCACCCGGUUUCCCACUAUCCACUCAUUUCUACACCUACACACCACAACAUCCAACACCGUAUUCGAAUAAAGUUCCAACGAUUUUUGAUCCACGGAUUGGAGCUCCGAUGUUGGAUCAUGAUGAAUCAAAUUUCGAGGAUAUUGCAUUGAGAGUGAGUUUUUCGAUGUUUAAAAGUCAAAUUAUUCAAAAACGCGAGUCGCGAGUAAGACUUCGCUUUAAAAUGACUCAAAAACUUUCCAGGCUCUCGGAGGAUUCAUCCUAAUUCUGAAUGACAACGGAGAAAUUUAUUAUGCAUCAGAAAAUGUCGAAAAUUUUCUGGGUUUUCAUCAGUCUGAUGUUUUGCACCAACCAAUUUAUGAUUUGAUUCAUUCGGAAGAUCGAGAUGAUAUUCGACAACAACUUGAUGUCAAUUUCCAAUUGACUAAUGCACCCAUUGAUCCGUUUCAACCGCGUGAGUUUGAGCGAUAACCUUAAAUUUUGAAACCAAAUUCUUCUUUCAGAAAAUGCCAAAUAUCUUGAGCGCAAUGUGAAUGCGCGAUUCCGCUGCCUCCUAGAUAACACAUGCGGAUUUCUCAGAAUUGAUAUGCGCGGAAAACUCAUCUCUCUACAUGGCCUUCCAACUUCGUAUAUUUUGGGACGAACAAAUCCGGGACCGGUUUUAGGAAUGAUUUGUAUUUGCACUCCGUUUGUUCCACCUUCAACCAGUGAAAUGACAUCGGAAGAUUUGAUUUUGAAGACAAAACAUCAAUUGGAUGGAACUAUUAUUUCAAUGGAUCAUAAGUAAGAAAACAUAUAUUUUUUGUGGAAACAAAAUGCGACGUGGAAUUUUUUGCAGAGUUUAUGAAAUGCUCGAACUCACCGAACACGAUAUGCCAAUGUCAAUGUAUCAAGUAAUCCACGCAGAAGAUGCGAUUUGUAUGGCUGAAGCUCAUAAAGAAGUUAUCAAAAAUGGAUCAUCUGGUCUUCUGGUUUAUCGAAUGGUGUCGAAAAAAAGCAGAAAAGUGUAUUUUGUUCAAAGUUCGUGUCGAUUAUUUUAUAAAAAUAGUAAAGGCGAAACAAUUGGUUUGACACAUCGAUUAUUGAAGUGAGGUUUUUGGGAAUUUUUUAAUUCGGAAAAUUGGGAAAAUUUAUCUUUUCUGUACUGUUUUUUUAAUCUGUAAUUUUUCAGCGAAGUUGAAGGAACUAUGUUGCUCGAAAAACGUAGCUCAUUGAAAGCGAAACUUUUAUCAUUUGAUGACUCAUUUUUACAAUCGCCUCGAAAUUUACAAUCUACAGCUGCACUGCCUUUACCUCCAAUGAUGAAAGAUGAUGAGGAACCGGGGUGAGACAUUUAUGAGUUCACGUUGUCUAUUUGUCAAAAACUGUUGAAAAUCAUUGUUUUUUGGCAAAACUCAUUAAAAAUUUAUUUUUUUCCUGCAUUGCUUAUAUUAAUCUCAUUGUUUUACAGAGUUGAAUCGCAACAUCCAACAACAUCUGCAUUGCCUGCCACCUCGCAAACAGUGAUCCAUAGACCUCGUAGAACAUCAAAAGAAGAUCAUGUUGUAUUGCAUCCACCUCCUCCCCAAGUUCCUCCAGCACCUCAUUUCGAAAUACCAAUAUUUGAUGGAUCAUAUGGAGCACCGUGGGUUGCACCCGAGAUGACUGGUUAUUAUCCACAUCCUUCUACCACUUACAUGCCGAUUGAAGAAUUCCCGACGCAUUGGAUGAAUCAGGGUGCAGAGAUAUUUACAAAUCAGCCACCAAUUCAACCACCACAAGUUCCGGUUAGUUUGGGUUUUCAAGAUUCAUUGAAAUGGUUUUACAGAAUGAUGAUUAUGUUUUAUUAGAACUUUAAAAGUUUCUCAAGUUAUUUAUUUUAUUUUAUUUUAUUUUAUUUUAUCUUUUUAUUAUUUUAUUUUACUAUAUAUCAGAUCUUCAAUUCUUCAAAUCAAUUUGAUUAUUCCAACAAUUUCCACCAUCACAUUCAUCAUCAAAAACCGGAAGGUUUUAAUUUGAUAUCUGAAGUCACUAAUUUACUAGGUCAAUAA